CAGGCGCUUCGCGCUUCAGUCAGCUCGUAGCAUCCUGCGCGUGUACUCUGGUGUCAGGGGGUUGUUACGCGUCAUGUAAGCGGCGUCGCGGCGUCCUUUCGUUGGUAUUUACAAGCACUCCGUUGGCCCGUGCUCUUGACAGUUUCAAUUCGAGGUUGUGCGACGAGUGAACUGAAAAGUGACAGUCCGUAAUGCACGGCAGUAAUGGCGUGUAUCGAAUGAUCGGUGGAUGAGACUUCGAGUCGUAGACACGCGUGGGGGUCCGAUGGCUCGGUGGGAAUUCUUUAUGUAUUUAUGUUUUGUACUUGCCAGUGGUGACUGAUGAUACGCGAUCUGGAUGUGAAUGGUGUGUCGUGUUGAGAGUGCGAAGUUUGCGAUGACAGGAAAAGUUUAAACGUGACGAGACAGGUGAGAGUUCUGGACGUAAUCGGGAAUUCGUUUUCUCCUUGCUGCUCCUGAAUGUCCUUAAGUACUUGGAUACAAUAUCCAUAACAGCUCCAAAUAUCGUUGGUCUGCUCUAGACCACUUUCAAUAACUUUAGCGUCAAUCGUUAAAAAUGAGGGCACCAUUGCUUCGUUCUAUCGUCGACAAUUAGUUACGCAACUUUGCCAACUCAUUCUUUCGUAUCGCUUUUAUGUCGAAGUCAUAUAUUCUUCUUUCAAUUAUGAAAACUUGCUUCAACUUCGUAAAUGACGAUUAACUUUGAUCAUUGUCACGUUAUUACUUCCACGAGAACUUCAAAUUCAUAUAUUUGUGCGUUAACGAUUGCAAGAGGUUCGUAGUUGAAAUUUGCCUUUAUAAAUUCGGGACCUGUCGAGUUUCUGAUUUUCAAAACGAAGCUUCUGCUACAGAUUGAAACGUACAUACAUAUUCCGAGUAAUUUACGUAGCACAUUUAAUAAUUUAUAAGUAUAUCUGUCGACGAUUACGUUAAUAGACUCUCGCCGUGUAUAAUAUUUGAAGGAGUGAGUUGGCAGGAGGGCGAGGACGAAGAAGAGAAGGAAUACAAUAUUAACAGGCAGAUGAAAGUGAGAAUCGAAGUGAAACAGUUGAAAAGUAAAAGGGGAACUUGUGCGGGUGACAUCGGAUUGUGAUUGGUCGAUUGACGUCAGAACGUUUUACCUAGUAUUUCGUGCACCUGUGCUUUUCAUCCCGCGAAUGUUCGUUUUUCCGUUUUGGUGGUCUUGUUGGUGUCUGUCGAGAUCUUCGGCAGAGAAGAAGCUUCAGAGAAGCUUCAAGAAAUUCAUCAGAACGUAAAGAAACUGUCAUGGAGGAAUAAAGGAUGGCCGCUAUGAGACUUGUCCGAGUCGUCCUGACCAUCCUGGGAGGCACGCAGCUCCUGCGAGCCGAACCCUCAGCCUCGCCGACUGUCAAGAGCACUGGAGGAUCGAGUCUCGCUAGCGUCGUUGCUGGUAGCAGCAAACCAAUGAGAGCCUGGGACAAGCCCUACUUCGAUGACAUUUCCUCGAAAAACGUGACGGCCAUCGCCGGACAAACAGCCGAACUCAGCUGCCACGUGAAGCAUCCUGGUAACCGGACGGUGUCCUGGAUGCGGAAGCGCGAUUUACAUAUUCUCACGUCAUCGAUCUACACAUACACAUCGGACAGUCGAUUUUCCGUGAUGCAUCCUGAAACGACGGACGAGUGGAAAUUGAAAAUCGCCUUCGUUCAGAUGAGAGACGCCGGGAUCUACGAGUGUCAGGUGAACACGGAGCCCAAGAUGAACCUGGCCUUCGUCCUCAACGUAGAAGAACGUGCCCCUGUCCCCGUCGCCGCACCGAACGCUAUUGACCGGACGUUCAGCUCAUCAGCGGCCCAGGCCAAAAUUCUUGGCCUUGAGGAUAUCUACGUUAAGAAGGGCAGCACCAUAAGUCUCACGUGCACCGUGAACGUGCAGAGCACGCCACCGAGUAGCGUCUCGUGGUUCCGGGGAGAUGACGUCAUCGAUUUCGACAGUCCCAGGGGCGGCGUUUCCCUCGAGACCGAGAAGACGGAAAGCGGCACCACGAGUAAACUCCUGGUGACACAAGCGCGGCUGAGCGACAGCGGAAAUUACACGUGCAGGCCGAGCAACGCGAAUCCUGCGAGCGUCAUGGUCCACGUGUUGAACGGAGAACAUCCUGCGGCCAUGCAGCACGGCGGAAGCUGCGGCAUCGCGCCGACGAUUCUGCAGGCGAGCUUCACGCUUCUGCUUGCGAAUCUACUGAGAUGAGCAGUUUCCACGUGAACGACGAAACAGCCGGCAGUGCGAGUGACUCGAAUGAACUAAAAAUCCAAGUUAAAUGAAAGGAAACAGUGCUCCGGGAAACUAAGAGCUUUGCGCAAGGAAUUCACAUGCGCGCACGGUCCCUCAGGUGGAGACACGUCGAGUGUCCGGUCUACGAUCUAACCUUGCUAGCCCUGCUAACCUAACCUAACCCAAUUCAAAUGAUCGUGCUACGAGAAAAGCCCGCGCGCCACUUGUAAUGUGUUUCAUUUGCGUUGCGAUCAGCGGAAUUACACUGACAAUGAGUUCUACGAGUGUCGCUAAAAGUUUUGACGAGUGAACGAUUUUCGUAUUAACGGGAAACUUUGCGAAUGCCGGCAAAUCAGUGAUCGUUAGAUUGUAUUAGUUAACUAAUCGACUGCAGUUGAUUCUCGUAUUUCUUGCCCUGGAAAUCAAAAUAGUAUCCAAGCAAAUUUUGUCAAGCGACUUUCGUCUAGUCUUCCGAAGACUAGUUAGAGAAUUUUUCAAGGAUCAACUCGGUUGACACGAAAUUACGUGUGUUACGUAUGAUAAGGAACUAAAGAGUCGACUGUACGCGUAGGGACAGAUUGACACGUAUUAGCAAAGGUACCUACCUACCGAUCACAGUGACUCAUGUCGAGAGGCCUGUCGGAGGACCGAGAGGAAAAUCAUCCUUAAGGAUAAAGGGGGAAUAGCUUAUGUCCUCUUGGUCGAUACCCAUAAUUAAGUUACAGCCAGCGCCGCGGUAGGCAAUAGGAUUCAAUUCUCUGUAUAUACAUAAAGGAGAGGAGGAACACGCGAAUAACGGAGCGCGACGCCGAGAAGGUCGUAACGCACUGUUGUACAGUAGAAAAGCUAUUCUGAAAAUGGUUGAGAAAAUAACGAUGAAAGAGAGGUUGGUUACGGGGAGAACAGGGAGGGGGGGGAGGAAGGAGGAAACCGAAACGAUCUCAUUCCUUUUUUUCUUUUUCGAAAAAAUCGCAAGUGCUUAAAUAAUAUCGGGAGUUUGAUAGGGACGUUGCAAAAACAUAUUUAAAAAAAUAACGUUUGACUCGGAAAACGUUUUUUUAGGACCAGGAAAACGUUACUUUAGGAUCGUUGCUUUCGAUUCUUUUUUAAGGGCAGCGGCUGACGUUAUAGAAAGAGAAAAAAGAAGUAUAAUUCGAUUUCGAUUUACUUCUGGAAUACGAAUACAAACCCGAUUAACUGGUGCUCUGCUUAACGUUUUACGAUUCACGUUCAAAGGGCCAAUGGAAAGGCCAACUUUCUCCUCGAGCUUUGCCCUGAUCUGUUUUCUUUUUACUUUUCCUAUUCGAAAUUCCUUACAGCCGCGUCAUUCGUUAAUUUCGGACAUUUCAUCCGUAUGAUAUCGCAAUCAAAAAGAUCCUAUGAAGUCAAGAGCUCGAUCAAAGGAAACAAUCAAAUCGAUAUUUCUCUUCGUACGCACAUGCACGCACUGACAGUGACGUGUGGAUUGUAUGAAAGGGAAGAAGAAACGUCAACUACCUUAGUUUAUACGUAAUAGAUACAUGUUAAAUAUAGGUAUACAAAUACGUUUAAGAAAUAAGAAUAUAUAUAUACAUAUUACAAGUUAUAAGUAUCCGUUGUAUAAUAACGAGGGGAGCGAUUCGCGGGACGAAGCAUUCUCGUCUGGAAAUCUAUUGUUAAUCGAAAGGAAGAGCCAAAGAGAUCGGAUGAAUGAGGAUGAAUGAGAGAGAUAAUAAAUAAAAAAUAUAAAAGUCGAAACGACGAUGUCCUACGUAGUUUAAUUAGUCAAAUAAUCACGAGACGUAUCAUCCCUAGACGGGUACACGUGUAUCCCUUCUUCCCUGGACCCUUCGAGCCUUCGAGCCUCCGAGCCUCCGAGCCACCGACCGAAAGGUCUUGCUCCCUGGUUAAUAGCGUUUCGGAUCUGUUUGACCCGGUGUGUACAAGAGGUUUACCCGACUAGGGUAAAGUACGUUUCAGCUGUGCGAGAAGAUACGAUAAUGCACGUAGCAGAUGGAAUAAAGGAAAAGCGCCGAUAUAGCACCCUCGUAAUUUAAUCGAAAGCACAAGAGGGUGUAGGGCUUUUUAUACCUAAAGCAACCUAAGGCAACAGGACGAAAUCAAAAGUAAACGUAAGGAUUCACUUCUUGAAUUCCCUUUUUUAUAAUAAAACGAGAUUCAUAAACGACCGACUGCAGAUUCUGCAUACCGGAAGACGACGGCAACUGACUAAAAGUGCGUUACAUGUCACGUCUGCUCGCGCCAAUUGCCAGAGGAUCAAGACGCAUUGUACAUAGAUAACGCAGGAAUCGGUGGACAUCUCGUUGGGCGAUCGCGCGAAGUCACGCAGCCCGAUCGGUCGCUGGUAGUCGGUAGUCGGUAGUCGACACCCACCCGCUCCACCAAUAUUUCCGUCCCUCUCCCAUUCCCUCAAUCCCUCUUUAUCUGUACUGCGAAGAUGUCCAUCGACGCGAAGAAGCUGUUUCAAUAAAUGUAACGAUUUAAAAGUG